AUGGUACUAGGCUCUGGAGACACAAAGAUACCUUUCAUCAAGAGUUAUAAGUCUUAUAAGAAAAAGAAGACGUUCAGGGAAGACACAGUAUCCAAUCUUAUGUCUCUGGCCCAUUUUAAGGAGGACUAUCCUGUUGUGAAACACAGCCGUUCUCUGGGCCUGGUUCCUAUAAUACUAACACUCUAUCUUUUAGCUGCAGGGGAAGAAGUUUGCUAUGAAAGGGUGGGAUGCUUUAAAGAUGGUCUGCCAUGGACUGGGACCUUCUCAAGACAGUUUGCAGGGUUACCAUGGUCUCCAGAAAAGAUAAACACUCGCUUUCUGCUCUACACUAGACAGAAUCCCAAAGUCCAUCAGGAAGUCAGUGCAGUUAAUUAUUUAACUAUCCGAGCCUCACACUUUGCUACACACAAGAUCACACGUAUCAACAUACCUGGAUGGAAAUCAGAUGGCAAAUGGCAGCAAGACAUGUGCAAUGUACUGCUAAAAGUAGAAGAUGUGAACUGCAUUAAUUUAGACUGGAUUAACGGUUCACUGCAAUAUAUCCACGCGGUAAACAAUCUCCGCGUUGUUGGUGCUGAGGUGGCUUAUUUUAUUGAUGUCCUCGUGAAAAAAUUUGGAUAUUCCGCUUCUAAAGUACAUUUGAUUGGCCACAGCUUGGGAGCUCAUCUGGCUGGGGAAGCUGGGUCAAGGACGCCAGGCCUUGGAAGGAUAACUGGGUUGGACCCAGCAGGGCCGUGUUUCCAUGACACUCCAAAUGAAGUCAGGCUGGAUCCCUCAGAUGCCAACUUUGUUGAUGUUAUCCAUACAAAUGCUGUUCGCCUCUUCUUUGAGCUUGGUGUUGGAACCAUUAAUGCUUGUGGUCACCUUGACUUUUACCCAAAUGGAGGGAAGCACAUGCCAGGAUGUGAAGAUUUAAUUACACCUUUAUUUAAAUUUGAUCUCAAUAUUUACAAGGAAGAAGUGUUUUCCUUCUUUGAUUGCAACCAUGCCCGAAGUCAUCGCUUUUAUGCUGAAAGCAUUCUCAAUCCUGAUGCAUUUAUUGCUUAUCCUUGUAGAUCCUACAAAUCUUUUAAAGCAGGAAACUGCUUCCAUUGUCCCAAGGAAGGUUGCCCAACAAUGGGUCAUUUUGCUGACAGAUUUCACCUCAAAAAAAUGAAGCCUAAUAGAUUAUAUUAUUUUUUAAACACAGGGACUAUUUCGCCAUUUGCCCGUUGGAGGCACAAACUGUCUGUCAAACUUGAUGGGAACAACGUCACUCAAGGAAGUAUAUUUCUCCGUGUAGGUGGAACGAUUGGGAAGACAGGGGAGUUUGAGUUUGUCAGUGGAACACUGAAGCCAGGCAUGACUUAUACAGAUUUAAUUGAUGCAGACAUUAACGUUGGAAACAUUACAAGCAUUGAGUUCAUUUGGAAGGAGUAUUCAUUUGAACGUUCUCAGAGUAAGCUGGGAGCAGAAAUGGUGAUAGAUAUAUCUGGAAAAUAUGGAUAUAAAUCUGCUUUCUGUAGCCAAAACAUCGUAGGACCUAAUAUUGCCCAGAUCCUGAAACCAUGCUAAUCUCAGAUAUAUCACAUAUAAUCUUGAUGGAUUUACUUAAUGGGAGCAAUGGGAAAAUUAAUCUCCCUCUAGCUGGCAUCCAGACCAAACUUGGCCCUUGUAAAUGAGAUAGAAAGUGUUUUGGCUGCAAGGCAUGUGGGAUCUUAACUCCCCCACCAGAGUUUAAACACGCACCACCUGCAUUGAAAGGCAAGGUCUCAACUACUGGACCACCUGGGAAGUCCUGCUGGUCAUCUUUUAUUCAUUCAAAGGAUUAUGCCCGUACUAGCACUUCAUAGAUUUGAAAGGGCUAUACCAGUUAGAGUUGUAGGUAAAAUAAAACAUUGAGUGUCUUUGACUUUAGUUGCUAAAUGGCAGGGUAAGAGGAGAAAGGUGACAUUAAGAAGGUUUACAAGGGUUUGUGCCCUGGGAGGACUGGAAGAAAGGGGCAAAUUGUGUAAAGAUCCAGUUAUGGAAGAGGCAUUGACCUCUGCACUGUGCUUAGGGCUGGAGGAGGUCCAUCAUAAAUGUUUCUGCAGAAGUUAAGGAAAAUUCACAUAGCUGCUUAAGUUGCAUGUCUGUUUCCCCAGGCUCCUCAGAACAAAGUGAAUAAUAGAGAUCACCCUGUGUAAAAGAGCCCUCAAGUUUUGUUGACUCUGCAAGUCUUCAGAACAAGCAGAGCAUUUCAGGAACAGAAGUAUAAUUUAUGCCAAGUUACUGUUUGCCAGCCUUUUAAAAUCUAAGCUCAUGUUAGAGAAAUGUAAAAAUCUCAUGUCCCUUCUGGGGACUUUUCUCUUCUACUUGGGAAAAUCAAAUUUUUUUCAUAUACCCUCUGGCUAAAAAGAUUUGGUAUAUCUUUGCUUUCUGCAG